AUGGUCCUGCUGGAGCCGGAUCCCUUCCUAAAUGAGCUCAACAAGCUCUUCGAGCGCAACAAGGGCAAGGGCACAGUCUUUGUGACCAUGAAACGAAGCUCGCUCAAGGCUCGCAAGGGCAAGGCCAAGGUCGCCGAGGCCGACCACCGCUGCCUUAUUCGCGCGACAGACGGCAAGCGCAAGAUCAGCACACACCUGUCGGCGGAGCAGCACGUCAAAUUCCAGGCGUCAUACGCCCUCAUCCUUCGCGCCCACAUGGACUCACUCAAGAAGCGGGAGAAGGUCAGGGUCAAGAAAGACACCAAGUGA